AUGGAAUUUUCGGCUGUGCCCUUGUUGGCCACUCACGGCUGCCUUAAGCAUCUUGAGCCCAUGCACGACUACAGCCUGGGCAUCACGGUUGGCUGCAAACCUCAGCAUGACUUGGGUAAGGAGGUGAGAAAAAUCCUUUCCCAGAUUUGUUGCAGGUUGGAUCAGCGCACUUUAUUGCCACAUUGCAGUGAACCAAUGACCAUACGGAGGCUUAAUGACUCAGAGUUUGAGAUCAAGUGGCAAGAUGAAGUGACACUCAUGUUGCCCUUGAAGGAGUGCUGUUUGCUGCCCAUCGCCCAGUGUUCCGCAGAGGAGCUCGCAGAAUAUUUGGCCACGGAGGCACUGAAGGAGUUGAGCAGCAGGAAAGGUGGAGCUAUCCAGUGGCUUGAAGUGAAGGUUUCCGACGUCUCGGAGAAACCCGUUGAGAAAGGCUGCUUCAAGGCUUCUCUCCCCGAUGCCAUUCCAUCUUUUGAAGCAGGGGAGUGCCCGCGAGCAAAGCCGUACAAGGUGGCAGAGGAUGAGGUGAAGCAAACUCCAACCCCACCAGUUUCGCAAGUGGGCAGUGAUGCGGCAGAAGACGCCUAUCGCCUCCUCUUGUCCACGCUUGGCAUUGAGGAAUCCUCAAGGCAUGAGCUGGAAAAGACCCCUGCCAGAGCUGCAAAGGCGUUUAGGGAGAUGACAAUAGGGCUGCAGGUGGAGUAUCCUUUGUCAGUGGCUGGGGAUGCAGUCUUUGAUGUAGAUGGAGCGCAUGAUCUCGUUGCGGUGAGGGAGAUUCCCUUUCACUCACUUUGUGAGCAUCAUUUGCUGCCCUUCGCGGGCACCGCACACAUUGCCUACUUUCCCAAUGGCCGAGUCCUGGGUUUGUCGAAAUUCGCGCGCCUCUUGGAAGUCUUUGCACGUCGACUUCAGCUUCAAGAACGGCUGGGGCAUCAAUUGGCUGAAGCUUUGGUGGAGUUGUUGGGUCCUAAAGCAGUUGCCGUGAGUCUGGAGGCCUACCACACCUGCAUGAGCCAUCGUGGAGCAGGGGUGCCAUCCAGGACUCGAACCAUUGCUUUGCGAGGUCUCCAAAAGGAUGAUCCCUUCAUCCGGGAACAGCUCUUGAGCGGUGUGAGCCGCUGA